CCAGAGAUCUGAUUCACUCGGGGUUAAGAAGAGGCAACUUCUAUUAGUGAUUGAGAAAAGGAGCUGUUGGGAGGAGACACCUGAGAGUACUAUAACCUACUUCCUUUGUACUAAUUCCUCAAUAAUCUUCAUAUCGCCUGGUGAUAGUAUAUCGGAGCUGACAUGAAGGCCAUUUUUGCUAUCUCGUUGUGGAUUUCUGUGUUGAAUUCCUUCCAAUCUGCUAAAGGUGAAAGCCGUCUCAUUGGCUCAGAUGAUCCAAUCAUGGUCGCUCCUGGCACAGACGUCAUCUUGCCGUGCCGCUUGGAGUUUGAGAUGGACCUGGUGAAUAAAACCAUUGAAUGGUCCAGAGUGGGCGAGAAGACAGAACCAGCCAAACAAAAGAGCUUGAAAACCUACGUUUUCCUGUACAGGAGAGGAAUACAAAUCACCGCCAUGAUGAUGCAGUCGUACAUCCAGAGAACGUCGAUGUUUGACGACAGGCUGAGACGUGGAGACAUGUCACUCAAGAUCUCUAAUGUGACGUUUGAGGACAAUGGGAUUUAUGAGUGCUCCCUACCCAGAAGACAACAGCGGGCCAAAGUUCUGCUGGUUGUCAGUCCAAACUUUCCAACGACAUCAACAAGGAAGCCACUGUAUUUCACCGACCUCCCAGGCAAUUACAGAGGGAAUGGAAACCUCCUAAAAAUUAGACCAUCCAUUGUGGUCGUAUUCACUUUGCUUGGAUUCUACUUGGCUCUUUGUCUUUUUAUCAUCAUAAAAAGGGAAAUUCACCUCGACACUAGAGAGAAAAAGAGAACCCAGUAAAAUGACCAAACCAACAAGCAAAGUUACUUAUGCAUAAGGAAGGAGCAAGAUUCAUGGGGCUGUGCCAUCAACCUUUUCCUCCAAGAACUGAUCCUUGCCUUGCUUCUUUUAUUGGAAAGCACAAGUGGGAGGUUACAACAUUCAAACGAAGAAGCAAAGUCAAAUGUUCAUUGGAUGUUCAACAAUCAAACAGUUGAUGGGAGGUGUCAUGAAAGAACAUUUACAUUCAAAUCAGCAUCGCCUGCCCUCCUGCUGGGGACAGUGUAUGGUAAACCCUUUCACCCUAGCGUGAGGAAGGAAGCAGGACAGGACACUUAACAUCUGUUCCUAAAAGCUGAAGAACCUUUCUGUAAGCUACAGUUUGGAUUAACAUUUUAAAAUACAUUUAUACAAUGAUAAGAAUAAAACAUUUUUUCACAGUUUUUUUUUACAGAUUUUUGAAAAAAAAAAAACACUCCUAACACACCAGUUUAAUUGAUGAUGUAGUUAGAAAGGUUUUGCAAAUAUUUUGCAUCACGUAAAUGUAAGGCAACAGCAGAGGCUCUGCAGUGGAGCCAGGAUGAGCUUAGGAUGACAGGAGGGCUCCGUGGAUGAACGCAGGAUGACAAUGGGAGUGCUGGGAUAACCGCUGGAACGGCGUUUGACGAUGGAAACGGCGGCAUGACUGCAUGAACGAUACAGUGACACCGUGAGUGGCCCGUCAGUCGGUGCCCAUCAUGAGCUCUACUCCCGAUGCAGGGCCGGCACUGGGCUGCAUGGCGCUCUAGGAAAAACGUUAUUAAACGUGUUACCAUGACAACGCGCCGGACCACAGAUGGGCGGUCGCCUAGGUCGACUGUGCCCAGUGUCCACGCUCUUCAGUUGAGUUCUGACUUCAUGAACCUUCUCCCACUCGUGUUCAAA